AUGGUGGAAUUCCGCAAGUUGAUACAUUUGGUUCUCAUUCUGGUUAUUGUCGCCGGAUUACUCUCGGAUGCUUAUACCCGCCAAAUAGGUGGAAGCUCUAGAGGGUGCAAUGCCGUUUCGAACCAAGGGUUUGAGACAUUGCCUAGGGGAAGUUCUCAAGAACAAGGAGAGAUGAAAUCCAAACAAGGAGGAGAAAGUGAGGCAACAGUGAAGAGAAGUCUCAAAUCCCAACAGAAAACGGUGGCUCGGUACAGAGAUUUCACCAGUGAUUAUGAUCGUGGUCCUAUGCAUCACCCUCCUAAAAACAACUGA